AAAGUAAAUUAAAAAAAAAAAAAAAAAAAAAAACUCACGACGUAACUGAAUUCUAUUAAAUGCAAUGUGCUGGUAAGACUUGCAGGGUUUAGUUUGGUUUGCUUCCUUUUCGUUUUCCUCCAUUGAUAUCCUUCCUUUUUAAUUAUAAAUCAAAGAAUCAAACAAUUUAAUUAAAAAAAUAAAACCCAAAUUAUGAAACCUUCCAAUUACCAAUUCCCCAAUCUUAUUUGUCCUCUUCUUCGCCCUCACUCAAUUCCAAAACCCUGAUUCUCUUUUUCCUCCGCUUUCUUUCUUCAUCCGCCAUUUUCUCUUUCCUCAAUCCCCAAAAAAACAAAUCAAAUCCCAGAAUAUUUUUUACCUUUUAUCUGGGUUUAGAUUAAUUUAUCUGGGUUUGUAAUUGAUUUAUCUGGGUAUUUUUUGUUUGAUUAAAAAAAAUGAGAAACAUAGCAACAUGUUACAGUGAACAUGCUGUAAGAGUUUCAGAUUCAUAUUGUUCAGGACCAUUAAACAAGUCUUACAUAUCUCCAAAAUCAAACCCAUCAAUCCAAAAUGUUGUGAGUUGUACAUACAAAACCCAUAUUUCUAACCAAAAGCGCCUGUACGUCACAAUUUCAUGGUGUAGUAAGAUGAUUUGUCAGGGUUUUUUCAUCAAAAUCAGUGAAAAAAUACCUAGGGAGAAUCAUUACCAACAUGGAUUUCAUCAAUUACCCAAAAUAAAGGGUACAAAAUCAUUACAAGAUUUUAGUAGUGAUCUGAAGAAGAAAUUAAGCAUUACAGUCCAUUGGGAUCUUUCAGCAGCUGAUUUUGAGGCUGGGCCGGAGCCGAUUCGAGGAUUCUAUAUCGUCGUCUUGGUGAAUUCCCGUUAUGCUCUGGUUCUAGGAGAUAUGGAGAUUGACCCGGCUUUAAAAGAUUUGGUUGAUGGAUUAGUUUUGCCAAAGGUGACAUUGGUAUCACAAUGCGAGCAUUACAAGGGGCAAUGGAAUAGUGAAAUAAGUUCCAAAGCAAAAUUCAGUGAGAUUGGAGUUGAACAUGAGAUAAUGAUUAAAUGUUGGCAGGAAGAAGACGGGCCACAGAGCCCGGUUUUAUCGGUAUAUAUUGAUAAGAAAAGAGUAGUUAGGAUAAAGAGAUUGCAAUGGAACUUUAGAGGAAAUCAGGUGAUAUUUGUGGAUGGGUUGUUGGUUGAUGUAAUGUGGGAUGUGUAUGGAUGGUAUUUUGAUCAAACAGUUGGUGGGUUUAAUAGUAAUAAAGGUGGAUGUGGUUUUAUCAUGUUUAGGACAAGAAGUGGUUUGGAUAGUAGGCUUUGGUUGGAAGAAGAAGAGAACAAAUUGUCUGAUCAAAAUCUUGGCAAACCUGAGUUUUCCUUGUUGAUUUGUGCAACCCAAUAACAACAACAACAACAACAACAACAACAACAACAACAACAACAACAGCAGCAGCAGCAACAACAACCCUGGUUGAUACUUGAACCUCUGUUUUUUUAUUUGUCAUUUUUCACUUGUAAAUUCUAUUUUAUUUUUUUUUGGUCUCUAGAAUAUAACGAAGAACUAAUUUGUGAGGAUUGUAGUUAGAAUCUCCUCCUUUCAAGGAAGAUCGUGAGAGGAUGUUGAUUAAUAAUAGUUUGUUAGUUUGGUUGUUUC